CGUACAGGGGACGGUUGUACGCUUACUCGUGGCGUUCGAUAUUCACGCGGACAACUGGGUCACGAGGUCCGUACGCGUUUUACCAAACAAAAUAUUUUGUUCAGUGUUGUGAAUGAUUGUAGUGAUAGUGAGCUAAGAUUCUUUUUGGAAUAAGAAACUAGCGGCGCUUUUGAAGUGUACGUGAUGCGUGCGUGAGCGCAGCGCAUGACGUGCUACGAAACGUUGAGAGCUUCGGCACCCGCCGCAGACGCCCCCAUGGCGCACCACUUUGUCAAGUGGUGGCGCAACAAGUUUAGAAAUGGAUAUAAGAAAUUUAGUAUUGGUACUGACGGCGAGCGAACUGACACAGAAGAAUUAGUAGGCCGCGCGGCAUCACAAUGUUCCGCGCCGCCAGACCUUCUACCCAGUGAGGCAAGAGCUCUAUUGCAACCUACUACGCCGCCACCCAUACCCGCUCGGAAAUCUGAACACUUUUCUAAAAGAUUACCACCGACGGAAAAGCCUGCAGAUAACGCAGAUGAUAAGCAGCCUAGAUUAAGAUUUGAGGAAUUAACAUGUGAUGUAGAAUUAAAACAUUCAGAAUCAUCCAAACAGCAACCGUUGCAGUUCUCGUUCACCCUUUAUGACCUCGACGGACACGGGCGAAUGACAAAAGAUGAUAUAGCCGGUAUAGUGUCGACAAUAUAUGAGUCGAUAGGAAAAUCGGUCACGGUUCCGCAUUAUGGAUCCAAAACGAUACAAGUGCGUUUAACGGUUGUUCCGGAAGACGGGCGAACACGUAGCCAUAGAGAAAGAAGGGAUGGACGGAGACGGCAUAAACGAGAAGAGCCGGCCAAUGCAAACACAGCAACACCAGUGGAAUGUGCUGAGAACAGUGAGGAUGAACAUCAAGAUAGACUAUCUAACGACGAUGACGUUUCCUCUAAAUCAUCAUGUUCAGGGGAUCGUCAACCUCCACAAAGACCUGCACCAGUAUUAAGACAAAGGUACCACCGCCAUGCACGAAGAGAAGCUCGAGACCGAAAGCACGCAAAAAAAAGAUCUGGGAGCUUGCAACGUCGAGAACUACUUGAAAUCAUACAGGCUAAUAUGGAGAAAAAUCAUCUGAGCUUUCAAGCAUCUAGAAAGUCCUAUCCUGAUCCUGUUGUUAACGAGGAAGAAAUCGCAAAUAAAUAUCAAAAACUCAGAAAUAGGUCGUACACUGUGAGCGACAAGCCAUUAACUUCUUAUCAAAAAGUGAAACCAGAAUCAUCCAACAAUGGCUACUUAGAUUUAGCAUGCGGUGGCGACUCGAACUUGUGCAGAUAUGACCGGUACUUGCACGCUGUCAUAUGUUCGUCGGCGCGGCACGCACACACGGGCUACCAUCAGAAGCAGACGCAGCCGGCGCGACAUGCGCGACCUCCUCACAACCUCAACUCCCGUUCCCGCUCCCACGACUUAGCCGCCAAACAACACUCCACAAAGCAGCCGAGGGUGCUGCAGAUCAUAUUUUUAUAGAAUUCGAGUAUGGACAUCGUCGAUAUUCGACUUUGUCCUACUUUAAUUAUAAGACGGAAAAAGGAAUGGAAAGGAAUUGUGGUUACCAAGACUGUAUUGAAAAACGAAAUAUAUUUUUCGGGGGAGGAAACUGAAUAGCUUUUAAUUAAAUGUGAACUCAUAUAGACUAUUUGAUUAUUGAGGGAUGCAUUAGGAUUACUUAUUUAUCAUUCCAUGCUUAGCAUAGUCGGUAUCAAAUUUUUUUGAAUAAUAUAAUGGCAUUCGUCAUUGAGCAACUAAUAGACUAGACAAAUAGGCUCUUUAAAGUAUCAAAUGAAAUUUUAUAGAACUAAGUGUAAUGAAGGUGACAAUGUGAAGUAUAUCUCACUUGAAACAAAUUGUACAGUGCCUUACUUUUUGACAACAACAAAAUUAUAUACUUGCUUUCAACACAAUAACAUUCUAAUAUUAUUAAUUGUAUCAAUGCUCAUUAGAAAAUGAAGAAUAGGUGUUACUGAGAUAACUCAUUUAAAGAGUUAUAGACUGAUUUUAGUAAUAAGUAUUAGGUGCUCGAAUUAAGGAGGAAAUGUAAAAAAAAUACAUUUUAUGUUUGUAAAU